AUGGCGGGAAGAGCUGAAGGAAGGAAGUACAUCUUGAAGAAUAUGAUCCCAGGAGAGUUCGAGUACCAGCUGGCUCUGCAAAAGCGACUGUCUUCUUGUCCAAAUGUGCGAGCGGUUGUUGAUACUAUCCAAAACCUCGAUUUGUUUAUCUACUCGUUCUUGGAUGGCGACUUGCUUCGUCUAAAUAUCAAGCCUGACAAUAUCCUCGUGGACUACGAGGAAGAUGCGGCCGGUCAAAUCAGGGUUAAAGAAGUCCAAAUUUCUGAUCUGGAAGACACGGUCAUUGUGCCGCCUGGAAAAUGGCUGAGAGGUCCUCUCUGUGGCAAUGCUAUCUGGAGGAGGCCCGAGAGUUGGUGCAGAUCCCGCCAGAAUCAGGCCUCGGAUGUUUUCUCUUUCGGUAUCGUGAUGAUUUAUGUCAUGGUUAACGACAUGGUCUUUCGCGUCAGUGACAGCCAGCUAAAUGCGCCGGACUCAUGGCGCUAUAUACUCCGCAAACACAUAUCUUACUUCGCCGAUCAAGACGGUCUCAAUGGGCUUCUCCAACAUAUUGGAGAGGAGAACGCCUUCUAUGAGCGUUUAGUAUCUCUUGCCAACAGCUUCACCCCAGGCGAUCUGAGACAACCCUUCCACACUUGGGAUUAUGUAGAGCCGGACCUCAGGGAUCUCGUGGGCAAAAUGACCAAUCUAGACCCAACAAAACGGAUUACUGCAGGAGAGGCGCUUCAGCACCAUUGGUUCACCCAAUCCUCUUGA